AUGGAGUACGAGGUUAGAGAUGAAGCUUGGGAACUCCCCAAUCCAUACCGAUUCAAUCGAACACGAAAUGACAAAUUUUGCAAAAGCUCCAAUCCAGCCCCGUCUCUGUUUUCUUCGAAUCGAGCUCAAGCCUUCGAAAACCCUAGACGUUCGCCGCUUCCGCCGCUACGUUUGGUUUUGAAGCAUAGACCUUCGCCGCUCCGUUUGGUAGGUUUGUCCCGUCUCUCUUCGUUUCGACUUCAAUUCAAUCGAGCCCCGUCUCUGUUUUCUUCGAAUCAAGCCUUCGAAAACCCUAGACGUUCGCCGCUUCCGCCGCUACGUUUGGUUUUGAAGCAUAGACCUUCGCCGCUACGUUUGGUAGGUUUAUUUAGUUGUCAGCUGUGUCCUUUCUUCGUCAUCGAUCNCGCCGCUACGUUUGGUAGGUUGUCUGAGUUGAUGGCUGCAAGUGCGAAUGGUGGCGCUAGAAGUGGUAACGGCGGGCAGGAGGAUUCUACGGCGAGAUCUACCCAGGCUGCCCUCCGCCACAACCCCGGCUUGUCAGUCGACUGGUCCCCUGAAGAACAGUCCACACUCGAAAAUUUACUUACAAAAUUUAACUCUGAUACCACCAUUGUUCGGUAUGCUAAAAUUUCUCAGGCGUUAAAAGAUAAGACUGUUCGGGAUGUGGCAUUACGUUGUAGAUGGAUGACCAAUUGCUUUGGCAUCUGA